AGAAGAAGACAGCUAAACUCUAAAAGAAGAAGAAGAAGAAGGAACUCUGGAAAAGCAGGAAAAGACAGAUUGAAUCUGUUUCACGCGUACAAAUGGGAUUUUAAAGAAGAGAAGUAAAGAAGUUGUAAAACAAUUCUUUCGUAUGUAUUAUUGAGUUCAAAAGAUGUGUUUUGAUUUCAUUGUGCGCGAUCAUACGUUAUUGAACUCAGUAGAUUACGCUGCAUUUACGCCGUUUACCGGAAGAGCCUAAAGAGGAACUAACGUGUUUCAACAAGAAAACCAGAAUGGCGCUUCAACAAAAAGCCCAGGUUUCAUGGUGAAAAUAUGGAUACAAAACCCUCGAAAUGACCCGCUACCUUAACGUAGUUGCAGUUUUUAUUCUGAUUAUCAACAUCGAGAGGACAUUCGGCUUAAAGCCCCCCCACGAUGUCAAGAUAGUCGGAUCAGAUCUGCAGUGGAAGCCUUCCAACGAUGACACCGUGCUGUAUUCACUACAGUACAACCCUAAACUCAAAUCAGAGGAUGAAUGGCUCAAUGUGUCGAGCCAUAUUGGAACAAAGUUAAGAACAUUUCAAAUCACUCCUGAAUUUUAUGGAGCGGUAUUUCGAGUUCGCACAGAGAAAGGAAACAACGUGUCAGAAUGGCAGUAUUCAAAACCGGUCCAGUGUGUAAAUGUUGCAGUUUGUUUUCCUGUGACAAAUCUGAUUGUAAAACGUGAAAGGGUUUCCCUGACUAUGACACAUAUGGACCAGAGCUUGGAGAAAGAAUAUGGAGAGCACAUUCAAUUUAAAAUAUCAUACUGGAAAGUAGAUAACGGAGGAUUUUCUAAGGCAGAACCUUUUAUUAUUACGGAUAGGAAGAAUGAACCCUUGACUGAACUCGAAUCAGAGCAAAACUACUGUUUCCAGGUUGAAUAUUUGCUUUAUGAUAAGCCUUAUGGAAAUGCUAGCAAGAAAAUAUGUAAAAUCAUCCCAGAAACAUCUGAAAUAGCAAGGAGACGUGUUUUGCUUUACAGUAUUUUAACCACACUUUUUGUUUCGGCCAUGUGUGGUGUCUGCAUUUUUGUACUUUUUAAAUACCACAAAAAGGUGAAACAACUAUUGCAGCCAAUACAACUGGAAAUUCCUGAUCACUAUCGAGAGGUUCUGUAUAAUGAGUUUGCUCCGCAAGCUUGUCCAAGUCCCAGCAGUCAGAGUCUACGGUCGUAUGACUUGAUCACAGUAAUAGAGGACAGCAAUGAGGAACAAGAGAAAAUAUCUUUGACUUAAAGAUUGUGGCUGUCUUUACAUGCACAUUAUUAGUUUAUUUAAAAAAAAAAAAUCUUUGGUAUUUUUAUUUGCAAUUAACAUACUUUGCACAUCACUAACAAGCUUACAAUUUCAAAUCUGUCUUGUCUAAAAGCUUAGGAAAACGGUUACAUGAGCAGUAGUAUUAUUGUUGUUUAAUGUUUAUUUAGGGUAUUUGGUUUACAUUAGAUUGCAAACACUUUUAACACUAAAUCUGAAAAUAAAUGUUUGUUGCCAUGCUACAGUUUUAGAAUAAUGUAAUUGCUAUCUACAUUUAAUCUGCAUACGGAUCUAUGAUGGUGAUGGGCGAAGUAGAGAUUCAGCUAAAGGAAAUAACUACAUUCUGACAAUAAAUAUUCAAAUAACUUAAAUGUAAGAAUUCUUCAAAUAUUUUAGUUGUUUUUGUUUGGCCGUAACUGGUUACUCCACUUGACCCUCUGAUAGUCGCUCCCUAUUUCAGCUUAACUGCUGUAAGAACACAUGCUCAGUUUUCAGCAUUUCAUGAGUUAUGUUUUUAUAUUACAAAAUUCCCUUUUAAAUACCUGUACAUAGUACAUGGUCUUCCCUCAGAGCAUAAUUUAUAGUACAUGUCCCUCAUUAUUAACAUUUUAUUCUAUGUUUUUAUAUAUGUAUAUUUUUGUUGAAUGUCUUUUAUUGUGAAAUUAAUUUAGUUGCCAAAAUGUAAACACAUUGAAUCAUUUCAUAUAGCAACUGUAUUUAUCUACACACUGAUGAUGGAGUUAAUUAGGAAAAGUAGAAUGUGUGUCAGCUUAUUUUAAUUGUGUUCAUUUGGGCUGCUUUUAAUAAAAGCUUGCACUUGUAUGUAUUUUAUGUUCUUGUCGAAAAGUUUUGGUAGUGCCUUGUGACUGUGGACAUUUAACAUGCAAUACAAACUGUGGUAGCUUAAUAUUUUUUAUACUGUGAGUUUGUAAAAUGGUAGUGUAGUUUUUAAUGAAUAGUUUGAUUAAUAGCUUUAAUAUAAUUGGUUAACAUUGGAGAUUUGAAACUAUACUAAGCUCUCACUGCGUGUUCUUAGUUGAGAAUUUAGAAAUUUGUCUUUUUUGCACAACUGUGAAAUUAUCUUUAUUAAUUUAGCUGUUAUUUUUUUUCUUGUUUUGAUUGCAGAUUUUAUUUUACCUUUUUGAAUAAAAGAUUACCUUU